AUGAAAAAAGUUUAAGAUAAAUAAAUUUGUUAAGAACAUGGAAAAAAACUUAUAUUUGUUGAAACAUCCCUGACGACUUCGAAACUAAAGAAACUUUGCGAAAAAUGUAUUCUUUAAUAAAAUCGGAGUUUAAUUGCAUGGGAGAAUGUAGAAUAAAAGUAUAAUAAUUUAACUUCAAAAAUUGCAAAGGAAUCUCAAACUAAAAUAGCAAAUAAUGCAUUGAUUUUUAAAUAGCUCAAAGAUAGCUUAUUAACAUUUUUCGCUAAAUUCUCUUCAUAAUUAGAAUAAUUUAGUUCAUAAUUAUAAUAGUAUGAGAAUUUUAUAACAAGGUAGAAAGUAGAUAUCUCCCAUAAUUUUACAAUAGAAGCGAUUCAAAAUAUCAGCAAAUAGUUGUCAACCUAAAAUUAAAAUCUUAAAUCAAUAAAAUAAUCAAUAUUGAAUUAACUAAACCACUUUCCUUUCCAAGAUUUUCAGAAUAAAACUCUAAACCUAUUAGAUAAAAUUAGCUAUUGGAAGGCUGACUCAGAGUAAGUAAUUGAGAAAUAACUUUUCGAGGAGCUCUAAAUUUGCCAAAGUCCAACUAAUUAUGAUUGGAGAUGCAAAAAGCAUGAUAAAGAUAUACUAUUUGCUGAUUUGAAUUUAAAAAAAACUGUACCAACUAGGUUAGCUUGCUUUGAUUGUGUAUCUGAAUAUUAAUCUUUAUUUACUGAAUUAAAAUAGUUUUAAUUAAGUUGGGAAAACCAUACCAUAUCAAUAAAAGAGGAUAUCAUUUAUAAAUAGAAUAAAUUUUAGGCAGAUUUAAAAAUCAAAUAAAAUCUGCUAUGUUAAUUUGAAAAAGAAUUCUAAGUUCACAUUAAUUCAUUGAAAAGCGAGUUGGAAAAAAUUAGUACUAAAAAAUAAACUGAUUCACAACUUUACCUUAUGACUAAAGAAUGGAGUUAAUUAAGCUUGCAAGAACUAACCUAAAUAGCUGAUUUAUUAUCUUAAAAUUAGCUAAGUACUUCAGAGGAAGAAUAGAAAUCUAAAAUACUAGAUUAAUAAAUAAAUGAAAAACUUAAUAAUACUUACUAAUAGUUAAAUGACCUAAUCAAAAAUUGUUUCAAUACUAUUUUGUAGGAAAACUCUACUUUUAAAGAAGAAACCUUUUCUAGUAUCACAUAUGAAGAGAGCAACAACUUAGAACCUGAGGAAAAUAUCAUUCAACAACAAACAAGUCAUAAUUAAAGAAAAAUAAAUAAUUUAUAAAAUAAUAAUUCUGCUUAAGAUCAAGUUACAGCAGCUGCUUUUGAUAGCAAUUCUAAAAUUGUUAUAGUUGGAUAUUCAUCUGGGAUCAUUUAAGUUUUUACAUCAAAUGAUAAGAUAUUGAUUGUUAAUCAAAAAUUAAAUCAACAUAAGGGUGCUAUCCAUAGUCUUUGUCUUUUUAAAGAUUCUAAAUCUUUUUUAUCUAGUAGUUAGGAUUAAACGAUUAAAAUAUGGUGUAAAAAUAAUUAAGGAUUUUAGAUCUAAAGCGAUUUAAUAGAAAUAGGUUAUGGGAGUGUCUAUUGCACAACUAUGAAUAGAAAAUAAAAUCUUUUAAUAGCUGGAUGUGAAUUAUCCUUAGUAUUUUUGUAUAAAAUAGAAAAAACAUGGAAAUAAAAGUAGACCUUAGAAUUUAAAAAUAAAUCAGUCAGAAGUUUGAGUUUGAAUUCUUCAAUACAAACACUUGUUUGCUCAUUUUAAAGUUGUUCAUAAAUAGAUAUAUAUUGGUGUUAAAAUCAAAUAUGGGAGAUAAAAUAAAGAAUUGAAAUCAAAGAAAUGCCUUCUAGUGUUUGCUUAAUAAGUGAAUUAAUUUUUACUUGUUAAGUCAUUAAGAAGAAUGCUCUAUAUGUAUUUAAAAAAGAUUAGAACUCCUUUACUAAAAAGGAAGAAAUUAAGAUGGUUGGUGGGGAAAAUUUCAAACAUUAUUAACCUUAGUAAUUUGUUAGUUCUAAAUAGAUUUUACUUAAUAUAACAGGAAAUACAAUUAAUCUAAUAAAACUAAUAGGGAAGGAAACUUGUAUAUUAGAAUAAACGAUUUAAUUUUAAAAUAACUAAAUUUUUGCCACAUUAUCUAAGUGUGGUGAACAUCUUGUUACAUGGGAAAAAAAUUCAUAAAAGUUAUAAUUAUGGAAUCUAGAGUACUAAAUAAAUUUCGUUAGAGCAGAUAAUGAUGCAGUAUAAAAAAAAUGA